AUGGAGUUGAACGACAUGAAGCAUAUACUGAAGGAGAACAAUAUUCCUGAAGCAGAUAAAAAGCAAAUUGAAAAAGAUGUUGAAGAGUUGUUGAAUAAUUGGACUACGCUUGGUUAUCAUCAAACUGACAAAGAGACUGACAGUUUUCUAUCAAAACUUGUGCCUUUUGCUCUGCUUACAGUUGGGCUUUUCCCGUUUUUGUUCUUUCUAUAUUACUGUCCUGAACGCAAUUAUAGUGAAUGGUCAUGGAGAGAAGCAUAUCUGGAGUUGGAAAGACGAAGGAGAGAUGGUUUGCCUCUUGUAGACAAAGAUCUAAUCCCUGCUUCCCGCGUUCAGUUACCUUCGGAUGAACAUCUUGACCCUGAUUUUAAGAUUAUUAUAUAAACUUUUGCAAUUUAGGAAUCUAUAUACUCAACAUAGUUUAGUUAGUCGGGGUCUUCAUUUUCAUUUAUUGACAGUGUAAAUAAGUAAAUAAAAUCACAAAAUAAUUUUACUUUCUUGUUCUCUGUCGUCAGUUCAACCAUAAGAUAUAUUUUCAAUUUGUUUCAAACAUGAUCGUAAGGAAUGUAUAAAAUCACAGUUUUUAGAGUUCGUGUUUCAUGUAAUUUAUACUUUCUGUAUCAUUCAGUUAUGUAAUGUGUGACUCAGAAUAAAAGCCAAUGGCAUGCCUG